AACAUUCCCACCCUCUUUUCAGUUUCAUCAUACCCAAUUGUCCACUCGUUAACGGAAUCUUUUGAUGUGCGAGCGGGUGUAACUUUCCAUGUCCGAUGAUGAUGGCAUACGGCAGGCAAUCUUGCAACGAACGCUCCAAGAGGUAGCACAAGAGGAAAGCGAGAAUGAGGCAAAUCCGUGCGUCAUCUGCCUCGAACCGGUCUCCGAAACCGCCAUUGCGGUGCCCUGCAAGCAUGCGAACUUCGACUUUCUGUGUCUGGUGAGCUGGCUGGAGCAGCGUCGGAACUGUCCGCUCUGCAAGAGCGACGUCUCCGCAGUCAGAUACAACCUCGACAGCCCCCAAGGAACCAAGAUCUAUCACCUUCCACCUACCCCGCCAGCUAACGCCAUUACAUCCUCAUCCCAUCCACCCGCACCACCCAUCCACCAUCACCCAUCCCGUCGCCCGCGCCGCGCUCGAAGCCCCACGAAUCGACCACCACUCCAAGCCCAACCGAGCGACGACCCCCUCCGCCGACGCCAACACAUCUACCGCCACCAACUCUACUCCCUGCGCGUCGGCUCCAACCGUCUCUCCCAAUACCGCGAGCUCACGCCCGACCGCUUCAACCGCGAGGAGGAGCUUGUCUCGCGCGCGCGCAAAUGGAUCCGGCGCGAACUCAAAGUAUUCGCCUUUCUCAACCCCUCGUCCGAGCUCUCCGCCGCGGAACACGACGAGGGGAUCGGUAGGGGUGCUAGUGAAUUGCGCUCGACGGCGCAGCGACAGCAGUCCGCACCCCCACGGGCGGGUCAACAACGACUGGAGAACCGCCGCGGCAAUAAUGCCGAGUUUCUUCUCGAGUACAUCAUCGCGAUACUCCGCACGGUCGAUAUCAAGGGCAGCGCGGGUCAGGCGGAGGAGCUUCUCCGGGAUUUUUUGGGAAGGGAGAAUGCGCGGUUGUUUCUGCAUGAGCUGCAGGCUUGGCUGCGGAGUCCGUAUACCUCGCUGGAGGAUUGGGAUCGGCAUGUGCAGUAUGAGGAUGUGUCGCGACGGGAGGGAGCUUCGUCUGCGCAGGCGCGGGCCGAGGGCUCCUCGGCGUCGACGCCGGUUUAUCGGGGUGGGACUUCACAUCAUUAUCGGGGAAGUGGGAGAGGAAGAGGAAGAGGGAGGGGGCGAGUGGCUAAGCCGGCGCAUUCACGGAGGCAGCCGUAUCAGCGCGAAAGCCAGGAGGAACAAGCCAGGAGGGUACAGUACGCUCGGGAGCGUUAUAUACCAGACUAAGAUAUAGAAGGCUGUAUUGUAUAUCUUGCUGCGCUGCUCGCAGCUAGGAAUUAUCUUGCAUACUAUACUAUGAAUGAUUGAUGCAUG